UUACCAACUUACCCGUGAAUUGUCAGAUCACGUAAGAGACAGCACGUGCUGGUAAAAAAGUGGGAUUUGUUUUGCUGUUAUACGGCCCUUCCGAAUGGAUAGCAUAGACGAAAGCCGUGUGGCGAGUUCGAAACAAGAGAAAGAGAAGUUAUGGGGAGGCAGAUUUACAGGAAACACGGAUCCGGUGAUGGAAGCCUUCAACUCCUCCGUUCAUUACGACAAACGGAUGUGGCAAGCGGACGUACAGGGAAGCAAGGCGUACGUGUCUGCUAUAGAGAAUGCAGGGUUAGUCACAAAACAGGAGAGGGACGCCAUUCGUCAAGGACUUGACAAGAUCGCAGAAGAAUGGGAAAACAACGUGUUUGAUAUUCGUCCAGGGGAUGAAGAUAUCCACACUGCAAACGAGAGACGUCUGAAGGAGCUGAUUGGACCAACGGCAGGAAAACUACACACUGGUCGUAGUAGAAAUGACCAGGUCAGCACUGACAUGAGAUUGUGGCUACGUACCGCUUUGGGGGAACUGAAAACAUAUGUUCUGGACCUGAUCAAAGUCAUGAUCAACAGGGCUAAACAGGAGAUGGAUGUACUUAUGCCUGGUUAUACCCAUCUACAAAGAGCUCAGCCAAUCAGAUGGAGCCAUUGGUUGCUAAGUUAUGCUUGGAUGCUAAGACGAGACGUUGAACGCCUUACAGAACUAUCUGAGAGAGUUAAUAUUUUACCUUUGGGGAGUGGGGCUCUAGCUGGAAAUCCUUUCGCUGUGGACAGAGGCUUUCUUGCCAAAGAGCUUGGAUUUAUUGACGUGUCAGGGAAUAGCUUGGAUGCUGUUAGCGACCGAGAUUUUGUUGCGGAAUUCCUAUUCUGGGCUUCCAUGUUGGGGGUUCACUUGAGUCGUUGGGCAGAGGAUUUAAUAUUGUACUGCAGUAAGGAAUUUGGCUUCAUUACAUUAUCAGAUGCGUACAGUACCGGAAGCAGUCUAAUGCCACAGAAAAAGAAUGCAGAUAGUUUGGAGUUGAUACGUGGAAAAGCCGGAAGACUAUUCGGAAAGUGUUCAGGCUUCAUGAUGACGCUUAAAGGUAUACCAAGUACAUAUAAUAAAGAUUUACAGGAAGAUAAGGAGAGCAUGUUUGACACAUACGACACUCUUUGCGGUAUACUGAAAGUAUCAACAGGUGUGUUGUCUACGUUACAGAUACACCCGGAGCAGAUGCUUGCUGCACUAAGUCCUGAUAUGUUAGCUACCGACAUUGCCUAUUACCUUGUCCGAAAAGGGGUGCCAUUCCGACAAGCUCAUGGUCUUUCUGGUACAUGCGUGGCGAUGGCGGAGAAGAAACAAUGCUUGUUGUCCGAUUUGUCAUUAGAGGAUUUGAAGAGUAUCAGUCCUUGUGUUGAGAGUGACAUUGCUGAUCUUUGGAAUUACGAGAACUCUGUAGACCAGUACAGUACAUAUGGCGGGACAGGGAAGGCUAGCGUCAUUCAACAGCUACAGAACUUAAGCGCGUGGCUGGAUGGACUUCAUUGACGUAAUGUUCAUAUAUGACGUUGUUACCCUCAGCCUCCGGAUACAAUAGAGAAAAUAACAAUUAACUCUUGUCUUCGGUUCUAAACUGUAUUAAGACUGGAAGGUACGAGUAGACGUGUGCCUAGCUCGGAGGUUUACAUUGGACUGAUUAAAAAAUGCAUGAUACAGACAAUUUACA